AUGCUUCGUGUUUUUCAACAUCACACUUUUUCUCACUCCAUCCGAUGUAUGUCCACUUCCACUAGAACUCUCGUACACCAUCAUGGUGACGAUAUGGAUCUUAGCAAUCCAGAUCACAUGCGAUUACAUAAACUAUACCGUCCUGAAAGAAUUACACCAUCAAAACGAGGCGUUGAACUUCUGAAAACACCACGCUUAAAUAAAGGUAUGGCAUUUUCACUUUACGAACGACAAUAUCUUGGAAUUCAUGGUCUUCUUCCUCCUGCGUUUAUGACUGAGGAACAACAAGCGUACAGAGUUAUGGCUAAAUUACGUAAACAACCUGAUGAUCUUGCAAAAUAUAUUCAGCUGGAUGCACUUCAAGACAGAACGGAGAAACUUUUCUACCGUGUGCUCUGUGAUAACAUCAAGGAGCUGAUGCCAAUUGUUUACACGCCCACAGUAGGAUUGGCAUGUCAAAAAUUUGGUUUUAUCUAUAGGAAUCCGAAAGGCCUUUAUAUAACCAUUAACGACAACAGUAUAAGCAAAAUCUAUCAAAUACUAAGCAAUUGGCCAACUCAGAACGUUAGGGCUAUCGUCGUGACCGACGGUGAACGAAUACUUGGCCUCGGCGAUUUAGGCACAUACGGUAUUGGGAUUCCGGUUGGAAAACUAGCGUUGUAUGUUGCUUUGGCUGGAAUACAGCCUGAAUGGUGCCUACCUGUCAUUAUUGAUGUCGGAACGGAUAACCAGGGUUUACUCAACGAUCCAUUCUACACAGGUUUGCGUCGAAAACGUGUGAGAGGGAAAGAAUACGAUAGGCUGAUGGACAAUUUCAUGAAAGCUUGUACAAAGAGGUUCGGGCGCGACACGUUGAUUCAAUUCGAGGACUUUGCUAAUCAGAACGCAUACCGUUUGCUGGAUAUGUACAAAAACGAAUAUUGUGUGUUCAACGAUGACAUUCAAGGUACCGCUUCUGUGGUUGUCGCAGGUCUUAUCGCUGCUACACGAAUCACCGGGAAACCGUUACGCGACCACAAAUUCGUAUUUUUUGGUGCUGGCGCGGCCUCCACAGGUAUAGCCGAGCUAUGUGUGAUGGAGAUGAAAGAAGAAGGUUUGACAGAGGAAGAAGCGUGUUCAAAAAUAUUUCUUAUGGAUAUCCAUGGUCUUAUCACACAAAGCCGUAUUAAAAAUUUGUCAGAGCGUCAUGUAAAGUUUGCAAAGGAUAUGUCAGACACGAAAAAUCUUCUUGAGGUUAUAAAAACAGUGAAGCCGGAUGGAAUUAUAGGUGCUUCCACCGUUGGAGGAUCGUUCACCGAAGAAAUUAUCUCUGAAAUGGCUCGCUUGAAUCAACGACCGAUUAUUUUUGCCCUCUCAAAUCCGACGAGUAAAGCGGAAUGUACGGCUGAGGAAGCGUAUCGAAUAACAAGCGGAUCGGUCCUAUUCGCUUCCGGAUCCCCGUUCGAAAACGUUGAAAUGGAUGGCAGAAUAUUUAAACCAGGACAGGGAAAUAACGCCUACAUUUUUCCUGGAAUAGCACUUGGAGCCGUUCUUUUCAAGGCGAAACACAUACCCGACGAAGCAUUCCUCAUAGCUGCUCGGCGUUGUGCCAGUUUUGUUACGGAGAAAUCCUUGCAUACAUAUGGACGACUUUAUCCACGUCUUAAGGAUAUUCGUGAGCUGUCCAUACUAAUAGCAAUCGACGUUGGAAACUAUCUCUUCCAGCAUAACCUUGCUACACUUCAUCCUGAACCGGAGAAUAAGGAAAUGUUCAUUCGUCAGCAAAUCUAUUCCGUUGAAUACGACGAACUUAUCAAUAAAACAUACGAUUGGCCUACGAAAGACAUGAAACAUGGAUUCCCAGUGCCUGUUAUGGAGAGAAGCUCUAUGGAUGAAGAGUAA